UUGUACUGUUUAAUGUGCCAGCUAUGAAUGUGACUUGGAUGUGUGGCUUGUAACAUAUGUCUGUUGGCAGUACUGGUCUAGGGUAUGUGGUAGAUGAAGAAUCAAAAGAUGAAAGCCCGGUUGAGGAGAGUUCCCCUUGCGGACUCCACAGAUGGCCAAAAGAGGCCUCCCCAGCCACACUGCCAGCCUCAGGGAAUCCUGCGGGGAUUUCCUCACCAGCUUUUCCCUUCCUUCCCAGGGUUCUAUAUGGAAGAAGUCAGUGGAGGUUGUGCCCCUUGCACCGAUGGGAUAGACUACACCAAUCAUUCAAACACCCUCCCUUCUUGCUUACCUUGCACGACUUGCAAAUCAGAAGAAGAAGAAAAAAAUCACUGCACGUCCAGCAAGGACACUGAGUGUCAGUGCAAACCCGGCACUUUCUGUGGAGAAGAUGCACCUGAAUUCUGUCAAAACUGCAGCGCCGGGUGCCCUGAUGGGACGGUCAUGGUCAUGAACUGUACCCCCUGGAGCAACGUCGAGUGUUUUUCUCCGUACAUCAGCUCAAAACACCUAUGUGGGAAGCUCAUGUUUUUGGUGGCCACUGUGGAUGUCCACGCCGUCUCCAUGGUGUGA